GAGAUUGAGUGUGGUGCCACCGGUGCCGAACAAGCAGAGGGCACACGCGAUAGCCAUGGAAGGCACGGAUGAAGACAAAGGCGCAGGCGAGGGGUUUCUUUCAGAGGAGCAACGUGAGCACUUCAACGAGAAAGGCUACCUGGUUCUGCCCGAUUGGUGGUCGAAACAGGAAUGCGAAGAGAUCAGGGAGCGCGUACAGCAGGUCGUGCAUAACAUGGAUCUUGACGAGGCCAGAACUAUCUUCUCCACCGACGAAAGCAAGCAUGCAGAGGAUGCGUACUUCCUCGGCAGCGGAGACAAGAUCCGAUUCUUCUGGGAGGCGGGCGCUUUCGACGACAAGGGGGAGUUCGUCCAAGAUCGGUUGAAGAGCAUCAACAAGAUCGGACACGCCCUCCACGACUUGGAUCCCGUCAUGAAGAAGUACAGCUAUGAGAAGCGAGUCGGACAGGUUUCUCGCGACCUGGGGCUUUCGACGCCAUUGGCGGUGCAAUCCAUGUACAUCUUCAAGCAGCCGCGGAUUGGCGGAGAGGUCACGCCGCACCAGGAUGGGGCAUUUCUCUACACCGAGCCCCAGUCUGUGGUGGGCUACUGGUGGGCGCUGGAGGACUGCACCUUGUCCAACGGGUGUCUGUGGGCCGUGCCAGGCUCUCACCGCCGGGUGGUGAAACGACGAUUCAAGCGAUCUCCAACGGGAGAGGGGUGCGAGUUUGAGCCGCCAGAGGCCGAGGCGUUCGACGUCGAGGGGGCGGUGCCGUUGGAGGUGAAAGCCGGCACCCUGAUCCUCCUCCAUCACUCCGUCGUCCACUACAGCGAGGCCAACACGUCGGAGAAGUCCAGACACGCCUACUCGAUCCACGUCGUGGAGGGGAAGGAGGGAUUUCGGUACCCCGAAGACAACUGGCUGCAGAGGCCCGGCGAAACGCCGUUUCAGGAACUGCCGUAGAGAGGAGAGCGGCCGCCCGAUGGGCUGCGGCGGUCUGUAGGCGUGAAGAGAUGGGGGUCUAUCCCGCUUGGGAAGGCAGCGUCAUUCGAACCCACCCCUGCGCUAGCGAUGAUUGCGGCCAAAGGCGAUGGAUGUUGAUGCAGUCAAUGCUACGCGCUGUGUCAUGCACGUUUGUUAGAACGGCAUUUUCGGAGAACUGCGUUGGUAAGGUAUGUGGACCUGAGACCAUACAACACGGAACGACUGGGGUGGGUGGCACGCAUGUAGAGUGCGCUCGGCGAGUGCUCCCGACGAUGCGAACGCUACUAGACAAUUCCGGCUCUUUGUUCCACAAGCAAGCGUGGUGGCACCAACGCUGCAGGUCUGUGCCCCCCAAGGAUGCACGAUUAAAAACGGCAUGCGGUUUAUUGACACCCCAAACUAGUGGGCGGCAGCAGUCCCUGGGGAGUGACUGCGAGAAAGGCUGGUGAGAAUGAUUUCCAUCGUCUUGAGAAAGUGUUGCUCCAAGCACGCAUGCAAGGAUGAGCGAUAUGGCUGCAUAGACCAUGUCCGUGGUUUGCCGUCAAGCAAGCGCGGCAAUCUGUUCGCACGGUGGCUUGCGGUAACGCCAUGGUGAUCAUCAUCGUGAUCCGUGGCUGCGGCGGUGUCCACCUCAUAGCAUUCCAAAACAACAGAGCCUGAUGAGUGGGCGCAUGCUGUUUACACAAGCACACAGAGAUACGAUGUGAGUGAUUUGAUGUCAGGCGUAGCUAUUCGCACAUUGUAGGCAACGAACAAAAUAUGGUUCCGGUAUUGAAUCUCUACGCGUUCUCCCUCUUGUGUUUUUCUUUCACGAAAAGAGCAAGACUUCCCUCAGUAGCGCGAACUUUCCGAUCGCAAAAUGCAAAGGGUUGUCGCAAGGAUGCGCCAAGAUUGAAAAGCAAGACACAUACAACCAAGGGGCGCACAACGCGCCGACAGGAAGGCCUUGGCACGUUCCGUUUCUCAGACGCCGACAGAAAUUUUCCGCACAAUCCCACACGAGUGAGUUGGUACAUUACAUACCGCAGGAGAGGGUCCAACCCCCCUCGUAUGUGACCCCGGUUGGGUCGGCUAGCUGGUAGAAGUGGA